AUGGACAUCCUCACAGCUGGUGCCCUUUGUUCUGCCGACCAAGUUGGAUCUAGUAUUGUAUACCGCUAUUCAACCACCUCCAUACACAGGAAGAUGCACAUGCACAGCUGGAAUCCCAGUUACAAACGCAUUUUGUUCAUUCCAGCUCGUAAUCCAGUCACCCUGUCACAAAGCCAGCCAACCGACCAGCCAGCCAACCGGCCAGGCAACCAAUCAACUUUGUCCUAUCUGCUUUAUUCAGCCAAUCCCACUUAUCACAGCCACCCACCGAUUUAUGUUGGUAUCCCUGUUUGGCCAGACUAUCACCAGCGCGUCACUGAGCUGUUCAUUUUGCGCCUGAUUGGGCCCUAG